UAUACACAACUCUGAAAAUUUAUUAGUCGGCUAUAUGAUUAUAUAGUACAUAUCAGAAUGCAUGAAAUUUUGUAUAUUUAACUGCGUGAUACAAUAUGUCAGUACUCAUUUUGUAUGUUUUUGAUGGGUUUAAUAUAGUACAUCAUGUGAUAUGUGUGUGGUAAAUACAUGUUUGUGUAUAUUCGAUGACUCAAAUAAAAUAAUGAGAAUAUUAUUAGUUUUAUAUUUAUAAAAUUUACUAAUCUUGUAGUUGCUAAAGUGACCUAGAUUAGUAAAAUCUAAUAAAUAUAAGAACUAUAUGAAAGUUUAAUCAUUUACAUGAUAUUAAAGAUUAUAAUAUUCUCAAAUUGCAGUCAUAAUUAAGAAAUUGAGACUAGCUCAAAGGAUAGUCGAUUUUAAUUAAUUAUGAACUGGGUAGGGUAUCAUAAUUUGUAUUACUUAGCAAUUAGAAUUGUUUACCUAAAGGUAACAUGAAUAAUUGACGAGUGAGACAAAUUAUGUUAGACCCUACUUAGGUGUUAUAAAAGAUCAUUUACACCAACAUAGAGUGAACAAUAGGUAUGCUGUAUUUCACCCAAAGGCGAACUUGUAGUGAUAUCGAUAGUUCAUCUUAUUUGACUCAAGGUCUUAUGUGGACAUCCUUUUAUUCAGUUGCUAUUCCUACUUCAUUGUACUCGCAUGCUUCUGGUAUUAAGACUCUCAGUGGGUCAAAUUUCUCCGAAUGGUAUGAACAAAUUCAAUUCACCUUGGGUGUUAUGGAUUUGGACCUAGCAUUGCUUACUGAAAAACCUGGGGAAAUAACGGAUGCUAACAGUGAGGAAGAAGUUAGCCUAAUUGAAGCCUGGACCAAGUCCAAUAGGCUUAGUCUUAUGCUUAUUAGAAUGACUGUUGCUAAUAACAUUAAGACUUCCCUUCCCGAGGUUGACAAUGCUAUGGAACUGUUAACUGCUAUUAAAGAACGCUUUAAAUCAGCGAACAAGUCGUUAGCAGGGACACUCAUGGCUGAAUUGACUACCAUGAAAUAUGGUGGUGAUAAGGGAAUUCAGGAACACAUUCUGAAUAUGACGGAUAAGGCUGCCAAACUUGGAGCUCUUGGCAUAAAGGUGGAAGAGUCCUUCCUUGUACAAUUUAUCCUUAACUCACUUCCAUCAAAGUUCGGCCCAUUCAAAAUCCACUAUAAUACUCAAAAAGAUAAGUGGAAUUUGAAUGAGCUUUAA